GAGCCGUCGCCGCCAUUUCAAGACCGUGAGAGGUAGAUGGCCAACCAGAGUUCCUAAGGUUCGAAGCCUGUAACUGCUGCCGCCGCUUAAGCCUGCCAAAACACUGGUACGGCUGCCGCCCUCUUACUACUACUACCCCUAGAAACAUUCUUGCCAGUAGUGGCGGCAGCGGGUCAAUUACCCUCCUCUCGUUCUCCCUCAAGAAGCUCCAGAUGGCGUCUUCCGUGGGCAACGUGGCCGACAGCACAGAACCAACGAAACGUAUGCUUUCCUUCCAAGGGUUAGCUGAGUUGGCACAUCGAGAAUAUCAGGCAGGAGAUUUUGAGGCAGCUGAGAGACACUGCAUGCAGCUCUGGAGACAAGAGCCAGACAAUACUGGUGUGCUUUUAUUACUUUCAUCUAUACACUUCCAGUGUCGAAGGCUGGACAGAUCUGCUCACUUUAGCACUCUGGCAAUUAAACAGAACCCCCUUCUGGCAGAAGCCUAUUCGAAUUUGGGGAAUGUGUACAAGGAAAGAGGGCAGUUGCAGGAAGCAAUUGAGCAUUACCGGCAUGCAUUGCGUCUCAAACCAGAUUUCAUCGAUGGUUAUAUUAACCUGGCAGCCGCAUUGGUAGCAGCAGGUGACAUGGAAGGGGCAGUUCAAGCUUACGUCUCUGCUCUUCAGUACAAUCCUGAUUUGUACUGUGUUCGCAGUGACCUGGGGAACCUGCUCAAAGCCCUGGGUCGCUUGGAAGAAGCCAAGGCAUGUUAUUUGAAAGCAAUUGAGACGCAACCGAACUUUGCAGUAGCUUGGAGUAAUCUUGGCUGUGUUUUCAAUGCACAAGGAGAGAUUUGGCUUGCAAUUCAUCACUUUGAAAAGGCUGUCACCCUUGACCCCAAUUUUCUGGAUGCUUAUAUCAAUUUAGGAAAUGUCUUGAAAGAGGCACGGAUAUUUGACAGAGCUGUGGCAGCUUACCUUCGUGCCCUAAGCUUGAGUCCAAAUCAUGCAGUGGUGCACGGCAACCUGGCUUGUGUAUACUACGAGCAAGGCCUGAUAGAUCUGGCAAUAGACACCUACAGGCGAGCUAUUGAACUGCAACCACAUUUCCCUGAUGCCUACUGCAACCUAGCCAAUGCACUCAAAGAGAAGGGCAGUGUUGCCGAAGCAGAAGAUUGUUAUAAUACAGCUCUCCGGCUGUGUCCCACCCAUGCAGACUCUCUGAAUAACCUAGCCAAUAUCAAACGAGAACAGGGAAACAUUGAAGAGGCCGUUCGCUUAUAUCGUAAAGCAUUGGAAGUCUUCCCAGAGUUUGCUGCUGCUCAUUCAAAUUUAGCAAGUGUACUGCAGCAGCAGGGAAAACUUCAGGAAGCUCUGAUGCAUUAUAAGGAGGCUAUUCGAAUUAGUCCUACCUUUGCUGAUGCCUACUCGAACAUGGGAAACACUCUAAAGGAGAUGCAGGAUGUUCAGGGAGCCUUGCAGUGUUACACUCGUGCCAUUCAGAUUAACCCUGCAUUUGCAGAUGCCCACAGCAAUUUGGCUUCCAUUCAUAAGGAUUCAGGGAACAUUCCAGAAGCAAUAGCUUCCUAUCGCACUGCUCUGAAACUGAAGCCUGACUUUCCCGAUGCUUAUUGUAACUUGGCUCAUUGCCUACAGAUUGUCUGUGAUUGGACAGACUAUGAUGAGCGAAUGAAGAAGUUGGUCAGUAUUGUGGCUGACCAGUUAGAGAAGAAUAGGUUGCCUUCUGUGCAUCCUCAUCAUAGUAUGCUAUAUCCUCUUUCUCAUGGCUUCAGGAAGGCUAUUGCUGAGAGGCAUGGGAACCUCUGCUUGGAUAAGAUUAAUGUCCUUCAUAAACCACCAUAUGAACAUCCAAAAGACUUGAAGCUUAGUGAUGGUCGACUGCGUGUAGGAUAUGUGAGUUCUGACUUUGGGAAUCAUCCUACUUCUCACCUUAUGCAGUCUAUUCCAGGCAUGCACAAUCCUGAUAAAUUUGAGGUAUUCUGUUACGCCCUGAGCCCAGAUGAUGGCACAAACUUCAGAGUGAAAGUGAUGGCAGAAGCCAAUCAUUUCAUCGAUCUCUCUCAGAUUCCAUGCAAUGGAAAAGCAGCUGAUCGCAUCCAUCAGGAUGGUAUACACAUCCUUGUAAAUAUGAAUGGUUAUACCAAGGGUGCUCGGAAUGAACUCUUUGCUCUCAGGCCUGCUCCUAUUCAGGCGAUGUGGCUGGGAUACCCUGGGACUAGUGGUGCGCUUUUCAUGGAUUAUAUCAUCACGGAUCAGGAAACUUCUCCAGCUGAAGUUGCUGAGCAGUAUUCCGAGAAACUGGCUUAUAUGCCCCAUACUUUCUUUAUUGGUGAUCAUGCUAAUAUGUUCCCUCACUUGAAGAAAAAAGCAGUCAUCGAUUUUAAGUCCAAUGGCCACAUCUAUGACAAUCGGAUUGUUCUUAAUGGCAUCGACCUCAAAGCAUUUCUUGAUAGUCUGCCGGAUGUGAAAAUUGUCAAGAUGAAGUGUCCUGAUGGAGGAGACAAUGGGGACAGCAGUAAUACAGCUCUUAAUAUGCCUGUUAUUCCUAUGAAUACUAUUGCAGAAGCAGUUAUCGAGAUGAUUAACAGAGGGCAAAUUCAGAUAACAAUUAAUGGAUUCAGUAUUAGCAAUGGACUAGCAACUACCCAGAUCAACAAUAAAGCUGCCACUGGAGAGGAGGUUCCUCGUACCAUUAUCGUAACCACACGUUCUCAGUAUGGAUUACCAGAAGAUGCCAUUGUGUACUGUAAUUUUAAUCAGUUGUACAAAAUCGACCCUUCCACUUUGCAGAUGUGGGCAAAUAUUCUGAAGCGUGUUCCCAACAGUGUGCUGUGGCUGUUGCGGUUUCCAGCCGUAGGAGAACCAAAUAUUCAACAGUACGCGCAAAACAUGGGCCUUCCCCAGAACCGUAUCAUAUUCUCACCUGUUGCUCCUAAAGAGGAACAUGUCAGGAGAGGCCAGCUGGCUGAUGUCUGCCUGGACACUCCCCUCUGUAAUGGACACACCACAGGGAUGGAUGUACUCUGGGCAGGAACACCCAUGGUGACUAUGCCAGGAGAGACUCUUGCUUCUCGAGUUGCAGCUUCCCAGCUCACUUGUUUAGGUUGUCUUGAGCUUAUUGCUAAAAAUAGACAAGAAUAUGAAGACAUAGCUGUGAAACUGGGAACUGACCUAGAAUACCUGAAGAAAAUUCGUGGCAAAGUCUGGAAGCAGAGAAUAUCUAGCCCUCUGUUCAACACCAAACAAUACACAAUGGAACUAGAGCGGCUCUAUCUACAGAUGUGGGAGCACUACGCAGCUGGCAACAAACCUGAUCACAUGAUUAAGCCUGUUGAAGUCACUGAGUCGGCCUAAAUAAAGACUGUAUGCACAGGAGAAUGCCCC